GGUGCACUCUGGGCCGCCGGAGGACCGAGGGUCAGACUGACGCGAUCAUCAUGGCCGCUGUGUGUUUCUCCUUGAGCCGCUGCGCCGCCGUCCACCGACCCGCGAUCACGGCGGUGCGGUUCGCGCAGACAGUAGCGGCUCCCGCGGCUCAGCCCAGGAUCAAGGCGUUUCAGAUCUACCGCUGGGAUCCGGACACCGUCGGGGACAAACCGCGCAUGCAGACGUACGAGAUCGACCUCAACACCUGCGGGCCGAUGGUUCUGGACGCGCUCAUCAAGAUCAAGAACGAGAUGGACGGGACGCUGACCUUCAGGCGCUCCUGCCGAGAGGGAAUCUGUGGAUCUUGCGCUAUGAACAUCAACGGUGGAAACACGUUAGCGUGUACAAACAAGAUCGACACGAACACCAGCAAAGUGACGAAGAUCUACCCACUGCCACACAUGUACGUGGUGAAGGACCUGGUGCCGGACAUGAGCAACUUCUACGCUCAGUAUAAAUCCAUCGAGCCGUACCUGAAGAAGAAGGACGAGUCCAGAGAGGGGAAAGAGCAGUACCUGCAGAGUGUGGAGGACCGAGAGAAGCUGGACGGCCUGUACGAGUGUAUCCUGUGUGCGUGCUGCAGCACCAGCUGUCCCAGUUACUGGUGGAACGGAGACAAGUAUCUGGGCCCGGCCGUCCUCAUGCAGGCGUACCGCUGGAUGAUCGACUCGCGUGACGACUUCACUGAGGAGAGGCUCUCUAAACUGCAGGACCCGUUCUCUCUGUACCGCUGUCACACCAUCAUGAACUGCACCAAAACCUGCCCGAAGGGUUUGAAUCCAGGCAAAGCCAUCGGUGAGAUCAAGAAGAUGAUGGCCACGUACAAGGAGAAGAAAACGGCAUCAGCGUAAAACACUGAAGAUGUUCAAAGACCAGCUCACACACACACCUAGACACUCUAGACUGGACAAAGAUAAUGUGAUCUGAACUAUCCUUGCUGUUCAUCACUCCAUAAACACUACUAUACGCUUGUGUGUUUAAGAUCUUUGACUCGUUUUAUCUGGAGAUCUCUCUGUAUAUUAAAUAAAUACAUGCUUGAAGUUGAAAUAAAUACAUUGAAGUGUUUGAUAGACGUUUUUCUCA